GGAGCCCCAGCCCAGUCUAUUUGCCACCACUUUCCUUAAAUGAUGGACAGUCAGCCACCCCUGCUGAGAACUGUGCAUCCCAGGAACCUGAAGUAUUAGGUAGGGCGGGAAAUGGGCACAGGAAUGGUCCUUAAGGAGCUAGGCUUCAGGGCGUGGCUGAGGUUGGAGGAGGGCCUCUCCCUAUCUCUUCCCCUCCCCAGGGUUGCUUUCGGACUACAGCUCCCGGAAUGCAUUGCACCAGCCGCCACACCCCUCCGUACCACCAUCAGCCCCCCUCCCCCCGCCUCUAGAGCCUGCCCUGCUGCAGCUGGAGGAGCUAAGGGAGCAGAGCGUGGUGGGGAGGGGAGCGGGACCGCGACCCUGAAGCCAGUUUCCGCGGCCUCUCCCCACCAGGCGGCCCUGGAUCACCAAAGGCACCUCUAGUCCCUGCAUGCAGACCUUUCUCCUCUUCUGUAGACUUCCUUGCAUUCCUCUCGCCUUUGCCCUCCCCACCCUUCCCUGGGCUCCGGAACGCUACUCUUAUCUUCAGUCUAGGAUCAGCCCUUCUCGGCACCUCUCUUCAUUAAGGAAAUGCAAUGAGCCGGUGCUCUCGCGUCCUCAUCGCUGCCCCGGGCACGGUACCCGUCUGGUGGUGGGGUGGGAGCCCCUCACUGUCCCUUCGUGACACCCCUCCUUUGGGCCUUCCUCCAGCUGGUGUCCCUGGGGGAUGCCCCAGAGGACCUAGCCAGGAGGUGGGCUUUACAGCAAGGGCGCUGGAAAGGAUAAAGAACGGGGCCUUGGGCGCCUCUGAGAUGCUCCCAAGUAUCAAGGGGAACCGAGCGAGGUAUGGGCAACCAGGCGGCAGGCAUGAUGCCCUCGCCCAGUGACUCCAGCCGCUCGCUGACCAGCCGGCCCAGUACCCGGGGCCUUACCCACCUCCGCCUCCACCGACCCUGGCUGCAGGCCCUGCUUACGUUGGGGCUAGCCCAGGUACUCUUGGGCAUCCUGGUGGUAACCUUCAGCAUGGUGGCCUCCUCUGUCACCACCACCGAGAGCAUCAAAAGGUCCUGCCCGUCUUGGGCUGGGUUCUCGCUGGCGUUCUCCGGGUUGGUUGGCAUUGUGUCCUGGAAGCGUCCAUUCACUCUAGUGAUCUCUUUCUUCUCCUUGCUUUCGGUGCUCUGUGUCAUGCUCAGCAUGGCUGGCUCGGUUCUCUCCUGUAAGAAUGCCCAGCUGGCUCAGGACUUCCGAGAAUGCUCCAUGGAAGGGAAGGUCUGUGUGUGCUGCCCCCCUAUUCCUCUACACAGACCCUGUCCAGAGUGGGGCCAGGAGCUGAAAGUUGCCCUUAACUCCACCUGCGAUGAAGCCCGCGGGGCCCUCAAGAACCUCCUCUUCAGUGUCUGUGGGCUCACCAUUUGUGCCGCAAUAAUCUGUACCCUCUCUGCUAUUGUCUGCUGUGUGCAGAUCUUCUCCCUGGACCUGGUGCACAUGGUGAGAAGGGAGCGAGGCCCAAGCAGAGAGGUCCAGUGGAAGCAUGGACUGGCCCCUGAACGCUCAGUCUCAGGCCCCCUAGGGCCCCUGGCUUGUACAUCUUCGCCUCCAGCUCCUCUCCUCCACACCAUGCUGGACUUGGAGGAAUUUGUCCCUCCCGUGCCCCCACCACCCUACUAUCCUCCAGAGUAUACCUGCAGCUCAGAAACGGACGCACAAAGCAUCACGUACAAUGGCUCCAUGGAUAGCCCAGUGCCCUUGUACCCUACUGAUUGCCCUCCUUCUUACGAGGCCGUUAUGGGGCUACGAAGAGACAGCCAGUCUUUCCAGUGCAUGGGAGUGGUCAUGCCAGUGCGAAGGGCUGGACAUUUGACCCUGUGUCUUCUGCAGGCCACUCUGUUUGAUCCUCAGCUUCAUGAUGGCUCCUGUGUCUGUGAGCGGGUGGCCUCCAUUGUAGAUGUGUCCAUGGACAGCGGGUCCCUGGUGUUGUCAGCCAUUGGCGACCUCCCUGGGGGCUCUAGCCCAUCAGAAGACUCAUGCCUGCUGGAACUCCAGGGCUCUGUGCGCUCCGUCGAUUAUGUGCUCUUCCGCUCCAUCCAGCGCAGCCGAGCAGGCUACUGCCUUAGCCUGGACUGCGGCCUGCGGGGCCCCUUUGAAGACAGCCCCUUGCCCAGGCGGCCCCCUCGGGCUGCCCGCUCCUAUUCCUGUUCAGCCCCUGAAGCCCCACCCCCAUUGGGUGCCCCCACAGCUGCUCGCAGUUGCCACCGAUUGGAGGGCUGGCCGCCCUGGGUGGGACCUUGCUUCCCCGAGCUGAGACGGCGGGUUCCCAGAGGAGGCAGCCGCUCAGCUGCACCCCCUCCUACCCGAGCUCCAGCUCGACGCUUCAGCGAUAGCUCAGGUUCCCUCACCCCGCCCGGGCACCGGCCUCCUCACCAGACACCUCCUCCACCACUGCUGCUGCCAAGGUCUCACAGCGACCCAGGCAUCACCACCUCCAGCGAUACUGCUGACUUCAGGGACCUCUAUACCAAAGUGCUUGACGAAGAAGCCGCCACUCUCUCCUCUGCAGACACAGGGCUCUGUUCUGAAGCCUGCCUUUUCCGCCUAGCCCGCCGCCCUUCCCCCAAGCUGCUACGUGCCCGCUCAGCUGAGAAACGCCGCCCAGUGCCCACUUUCCAGAAGGUGCCUCUGCCUUCAGGUCCUGCACCUGCCCGCUCUCUAGGGGAUCUGAAAGGAAGCUGGCCAGGCCGAGGUCUAGUCACUCGUUUCCUCCAGCUGUCCAGGAAGUCCCCAGAUCCCGCAGGAACUGCAGCCCAUGGACAUAAGCAGGUGCGCAGGAGCCCAUGGGGACGAUCAGGUCGGGAGAGCCUCCACCUACGUAGCUGUGGUGAUUUGAGUUCUGGCUCCUCCCUAAGGCGACUCCUGUCCAGCCGCCGGCUAGAACAUGGUGUGCGCCCACACAGCCUCAGCCUCAAUGGAGGCAGCCGAGAGACUGGGCUCUGAUUUGGGCUUGUACCAGUGAACAGAUCCAGACAAAUGCUGGAGCCACAGGCAUUGGCUGGUUGGGACCUGCAGCCCUGUGUACCCGCUGGCUCAAAAAGAAACCUGCUGUAUCCCCUCCAAGGCCUUCCUUUCCUGCCUGCCUGUGGGGGCUCCUGCUGCUUGCCUCUGUCCCUAUGGGAAGCAGAGCUUCCGUCCUGUGCUGCAUGGGUGUUCUAGCUGUGGGAGGAGAUGCCGCUGCUUACAGCAUUGAUGGAGGAAACUUAGUAAUGGUCCCCAGCAUGAGAAUGCCUCUUCCUGAUAGUAGCUGAGUGUUGGCGAUCAGGUAAAUUUGUGCCUUGCUAUGUGGUGGCAAGGACGGGCUAGAAGAGACAUGAAUCUAGGUGGCUUCUCAGCUCUGCCACCUCUAGCUGCAUGACCUCGGGCAAGUUAUUUAAUCUUAAUUGCCUGACCUGUGAAACAUUGUGAACAUGAAUGUUUGUAACACUGAGUAAGCCUUCAAUAAAUUUCAGGUUUCUCCCUUCUC